GCCGUGGUAGCAUGUCCAGCAAUUAUAGGCACAACCGAAGCCAUCAGGCAUGGCCAGAGAAACAAUCAACGAGAAGAACAUCGAGGUAGAAAGCACAAUCUCGUAGUGACUCUCCUCAACCACAACGACUACAGUGCCCGAUUCGACGGUGCCUCAAUCGUUCUCGCCAACAAGAAACUAUGGAUAGACACAACCGGCCAACUCCGUAGAGCCGGAGCACAUCCUUACACAGGCUACUUCCUCCCAUUUCACGACAUGGAACAAGUCUGGCGCCAGCAAGGCUAUCGAAGAGGCGAAGGCAUGGUCUCAACCAUCUCCCACGACCCUCCAUUUCUCAACUGGAUCUACGUCGAUCGCAAAACUCAUGAAGUGAAAUAUGGUGUCCGAGACGAAGCUGAGCCGAAUCUUGUCGGCCCAUUUGAUGUCACAAAGACGGAUCGGAGAUUGAAUUUCCAGGGUUGGGAGGGCUUUGUGGCGGUGGAGGAGAACGGAGAUAGUGGGCUUUGGGCGCUGUAUUUUGAUGUUGAGGAUGAUGGAUUGACGAGUGAGGAAAGGGUAGGUACGCAGGAUCUCAGGAUGUUGGCGCUUGAAGUUUGGAGGAAGGAGCUGAGGAUGGAUCGCGAUGCGGCGCUUGAGGAAAGGGAGGAGCGGCUGAGAGCUAGAGAGGAACUUGAUAAUAAGAGUGAGAGGUCGGCGGAGACUACCGUGUCUUGA